AAGGAGCCCGGGCCGGACCAUGCCCCCCCAGGCGCUGCUGCCCGGGUACCCGCCUGCGCCCCCGGUGCCCCCGCACCGGCCCGCGCCCGGCCUGGGGCUGGGGCUGGAGCUGGAGCGGGCGCCGGAGCUGCAGUGCGUCCUGCUGGGGGACGGCGCCGUGGGCAAGACGAGCCUGGCGCUGAGCUACAGCGCCAACGGGUACCCGGCCCGCUACGUGCCCACGGCGCUGGACCGCUUCUCGGCCGUGGUGCAGGUGGACAGUGCCCCCGUGAGGCUGCACCUCUGUGAUACAGCGGGGCAGGACGAGUUUGACACGCUGCGGCGGCUCUGCUACCCCAAGGCAGACAUCUUCCUCCUCUGCUUCAGCGUGGUGGCCCCCACCUCCUUCCAGAACGUGGGGGAGAAGUGGGUGCCGGAGCUGUGCCGGCUCUGCCCCACUGCCCCCCUGCUGCUGGUGGGCACCCAGUGCGACCUGCGCCAGGACGUCCAGGUGCUCAUCCAGCUGGCCCGGCGCCGGGAGAAGCCGGUGGCCGAGCUGGCGGCCCGGGCGCUGGCCCAGAAAGUGGGGGCCGUGGGCUACUUGGAGUGCUCGGCGCUGACCCAGCAGAACCUCAAGGAGGUGUUCGACACAGCCAUCCUGGCAGGGCUGCGGCAUGCCGAGGCCCGGAGCCGGCGGGCGCGGAGCACAGCCAGCAAGGUGCGGACGCUCUCCAAGGCCUGGUGGAAGAAGUACGUCUGUGUGCGGUAGCUGCCCACCCUCGUGUCCCCUGGGGCCACCCUCCAGCUGGGGGGUGAAGGGCACUCCGGAGCGUGGGGGGCUGGGCUGAGAACAGACAACUCGAUCCAGGUGUGGAUUCAAGAGCCUCCGGGCGGCUGCUGAACUGGGUGUUUGCCGGCGGGAUGGAGACAGGCCCCGUGCCGUGCGGGUGGCUGUGCCGGGCUCCAGACUCCCCCACCCAUGCCCAUGUGGGCUGUGCUCCUGGGCUGCCGGUCUGCAUGGCCUCCCCAAUCGAGGGGGUCCGAAUUCAAAGCAGGGGCUGGUUCCCCGCUGUGGGGAGAGCCAGAAUCUCAUCCCUCAAGCUGCCUCCUUGCAGGACAGUCUGUCUUGUCCAGGGAUGGGGGAGGAUCCCCCCAGCACAGUCCCUUUUGCAGAGGAUUUUGGUUUGCACGGGGCAGGGAGUGAACCCCUGCAGGAGGGUCACACCGCUGGACUGGGAAGGGGCAGAACCAGCCCCCCCGACUGGCCCAGCCCCACGGCUGGGUUUAAAUCCUCCCCCUCGCUAGGCACUUUGUGGAAGGGAAUGGCCAGGGCACGGGGGUGUCCAUACUGCAGGGCGCUCAGCCAGGCCCUCCCUCCCCCAGCAGUCUCUAGGCAGGGUCAGAGCCAGCUGUAGCUGCAGACUGGAGUUCCCACGUGCGGGGCAGGCUGCGGGGGCUGGUCUCUGGGGGGCUGCGCCCGCUCGGGGCCCUCCCCCACCCACUACUACGAUUGCACUAGUAUAAAAACAUCCCUGGCCGAAUGGGGGUUUGGCCAGGGGUCCCCUCCCACCCCGUGGCACGGGGACCCCAUGACAAAUCCCCCUUUCACCCCCUCCCAAGGCCUUAACCCCUUCCAAGCCAGCUGUGCCCUUGGGAGUCCUGUGCCCUCCCACUGGGAGCGGGGUGGAGGGCUGCGGGCUCUGCGGGCACCCGCCCAAGGGGCGUGUCGGGGUGGGUUGCUGAACUGCCCCUUACCCCUGUAACUGCCCCGAGCUCUGUCCCAGGGGUGCUGGUUCCUGAUCCUGGGGGUGUGGGGGGGGGGUGGCAGUUUGUCAUCUGCUGUUGUGAUAACCCUGGGCAAAGCCAGGGGUCCGUCCGUCUGUCCUUUCUUUUUUUUUAAUGUCUUGAACCAAUAAAGUUUCUUUCCCUGG